AACGAGUUUGACACUAUAGAGUGGACUUCAACGAUUUGUUCCAGAGGUGACGAUGUACAGCGAUCGAUUGAACUGUUGGACAAAGUGCUCUCCGAAUACGACGAGUACGAAGUCGAAUGUGAAGAAGGCGGCAUCGGCGGAGGUGGUGGCAACAGUAAUAGCAGUGAAGGUAUUGUCAGAAUCGCAACUGAUUGCAGCAGCAGCACCGAGCCAAGCAUUGGCCUUACACCGGAUGAUGAAAGCCCUUCCUUAGGGCAUCAAUCAGAAGACGACGGGUAUAUGAGCAUGAAUGGUCGGAAACCGAAAAUGGCAUUGGUUGCACUACGUCCGGUUCCAGAUUGCCCUGAACCUCAGGAUUCUAUCGCAGCAUCUGGUCAAGAAUUUCCUCCACCUCCAGAAGAAGCCGAACGCAUAAUUUCCACUCUCCUCCCUAUGGUUUCCCCUGAAAACUCUUCAACAAGAAGUGGUCAUUGUCAUCGACAUCGUCUGCAACAGCAGCAGCAGCGAAAUAUUGGUCAUCAAUGGAUCAAUGUAAAGGACGAUUUCAAAUGCCAAGGACAUGCCGUUACUACGCAAACCACCUUACCAAAAACGAGACACCAAAGGCCAUACGGUUGGGAAAGUAACAAUUUGACCAUUAGCGAUGGACACGUGGUUAAAUCUUUUCAACUCACAGACCAACCCAGCCCACUCAAUAAAUUUGCCAGUCUGCCUUAUGACGUCAAGGUGUCCUUUAAUUGGAUCGCUCCUCAUCUGGACCUUGAAGCCAAGCAUCCUCGAGCCAACGUCUUCGAGGAUCUGAGAAAGUCCUCUGAGGACGUUCACGAGAAUCUGAGACAAUCCUCUGAGGAUGGUCUUGAAGAGGAGGAUGAAGCCGGAGACGAUGGUGACGAUGACGAUGAAGAAGAAGAGGAAGAUGUCGAAGAAUAUCAGGAGGAAGAGGAGGACGAAGAAAAGGAAGAGAUGGAUGAGACCGAGAAGGCGUCGAGACGACACCUAAGAUCACAGAAACAGAAGACGGUAGCCGCUUGUAACAGUCACCACAAUCACUAUCAUCACCAUCACCAUGCCGGCUCUCGCAGACCAAUACGACAAACUGUAAUUAUCAAGUCUAGCAGUGUGGAGGACAGGCUGCUGAUGAACAAUUACCAGCAGACGCGAGGCGCUGAAGCCUCAGGUUGCCCUGAGUACAAUACCCGGAUCCAAAACGAUCUUCUAGAUUCCUCGCGGCGACGUCGCAACAAUUCAGACUCGAGCGAGAGUCACUUCUCGCGUAACUCUGAAUCCGAGCGCUCUUCCAUGUUGCGCUCGAGUUCCAUUAGUGUCGAGCAUUUCUCCGUACGUGCUAACUGCGACUCCUCGGACUUCUCACGAGGAAAUUCCACUUCUAACGAGCGCUUUCACUCGGACUUCUCAAUCGCGGUUGCGAGUGCGAGUUCGAAUGACCAUGUAAGCAUUCCAAGCUCUGAGCCACUCGCUGUGCGAAACCUCGACUUUGUUACUUUUGGCUUACCACACGUGGACUCGAGCGAACGCUUCUCCGGGCAGACUUCCGACCGUUGCUCCGAGGAACACUAUUCCGAAGUCUACUCUACAAGAAACUCGGACUUCUCUGCCCGAAACUCGGUAGACUUCAGAACGCAGUCUGAGGAGGAACACUUUUCGGACGACUCGCUUGAAGAGCUGCUACCACCUCCGCCUACACUUAACAAAAGGCACAGUAUCGCCUGGGAGGUCACCCUUGAUGACGAAGCCCUUUACGCACCCGGCAGUACCAAAGUUGUUGGCAGAAGGAGAAGAAAAAGCAGCGAUCUAUCUAGUUUCGGUUCAACUUCGAAGUUUCCUGAUUUUGAUGACUGGCAGGAUCUGAGAGUUUCCACGACGGAUGAUGAUUUAAUCUCACCAUACUCAGACUCCUCGACUAAUGAUCUCGAACAACUGCAUCCUCAAGAACGCAGCAAAAAUGGUACUUAUGUGAUUCGUCGUGGACGCAAGAAAGAGCGCAAGCUUUUACCUAAAUUGUCGAAUAAAGGGCUCGAAGACAAACCGGCCGAUAGAAAACUCAUGGGCUCGCGACAAUUCUCUAAUACCUUCGAUAAUAUCAAAAGCCUUCUAAAAGAAAGCAGCAAGCUUGGAAGUCUGAGCGAGCCACCAGCAGAAUUGACGAGCAACACUCAGGCAGUCUCUCAGCCAGAUCUUGGAAGUCUUGAGUUCGAGGUUUUGUCAGCGGUUCCCAUUGUCAAACAACUUACUUCAACCCUCCAAAUAACGAAUUUCGCCGGGAAUUCACAAAAGUCCAACGAUUUAAAUGCUAUUGAUACUACCAAUAGCCUCGACGCCUCUCGAGCAGUGAUUGUUGUUGUAGAUAAACUGCCCACUUGUCACUUCAUAAAAGAGCAACAACACCUCGAAUCCAAAAUACCGGUUAACCUGCUCAUCGAAGAUCAAAUCGUCAAGAAGGCUCUUAAUGAGAACCGCCGUCAACUAGAGAAGGUGAGCGACGCGAUUAAAGAGAUCGAAAGUGUAAAAAAUAGCGGGGAAUAUGGAGAAAGCAAUCGCUGGCGUAGUAGCGAAUUAAAGAACUCUGAGCUCCAGAGAAAUAGCUUCGAGGACGACGGCUGUGAAAGGCAAUUUCUCAAUGUUAACGUUCACGACAGCAUAGUCCACGCUAAUGGCGCAAUCGAAGGGGUCAGAACGGUGACUAUCACAAAUAAUGACCAUGAAUUUAACAGAAAAAGGAUCAACGAAGUCGAUAUAUAUGCCUCUGGGAGAAGGCCAAGAGUUAGCGAUUUGGAAAAUCACAAGAACGAUACUAAACAAAUCGAAAACGUCAUAGACGCGAUUCUCGAAGACUCCAAAAACCCAGACUUUCAAGUUAGUGUAGAGGUGUUGGAAUUUCCCCCACUGCCACCAUCACCAGUUGAGGAAGCCGACGAAGAGAGUUCAGAUAUCGUAAGUUCUGGAUGCAACGGAGCAGAAGCAACAAAUAAGCGUACGACAUUGAUCACAGAAAAAGAGACAGAGAUGAUGUCCGGGAUGACAACAAUACCUAGCAAACCCAAGCAGUCAAGUCAUACAAACCGUACAAUUGAAUACAGGCCGCGAGUACCACCUCACCGAGGCAUUAGCUUCGACUCCUCCAAAGAUCACCAGACAACCUCCCUUAACACGAGAUCCAUGGAUGCAGGAUAUGGUCGUGGACGUAGGACCGCCGCUGGCAUCGCCAACGCCAGACGCGAGGUACCGGUUGAACGAAGGACACUGCCAACAGACCUUCCAGGUCCAUCGCUACGUCGACCUUUCACCAAGCGUCAAACAUCUUCGACCGACGCCUGUUCUUCAGGUUGCAAUGUUAAUGUUGGUGGAGGUCUAAGCGGAGGGGGAAGUGGAAAUGGAGGUGGUAAUAUUGUCACCACAGGUUCCGCGAUGCAAACAAGCUGCUCCCUGCCGGAGACGCCAGUAUUCGCCCGCGGCAACGACAUACCAAGGACACCGCAACAUACCGUCGGAAAUCCAACACAGCCGCGUAGACAACCCGGAUGGUAUGCGCCUACCACCGCCACCACUGGAUAUAGAAGAAAUAACCCCGGGUUGGAACAGGCAAUAAUCGGAACGGAGUUACUGCGACUUGCGGGUGGCCCGAAUCGCGGUUGGUACCCGACGCGCAAAUCUAACCAACCACGGCCGGCUUCGAUCGAACACCUCGAACGUCUCAACUGCGCCUAUGAUCCGAGACUCCUAGGCGCCAGUGAGCAGAGGAAGCCCCUGACCCUCCCGACUAACAUCACGCCCAACAAGUACUUCGGCCAAAGUAAGCACAGCUCCGCCUCCAGUACUCGUGAGGCACUACGGAGGGUUACUAGCUUGCUCAUCAAGAAAGGGGGUGGAAAUAAAGAUGGGAAAAAUAGCAAGGACAAUCUUUCGCCAUCCGGUCCUUACGCUGUUGUUCCAGGUAUCGAGACUAACGAUGCGCCGAAAAAGAAAGGUUUCUUCAAGAAUUUCUGGAAGCGCUCACGUCACUACUCUCUAGAGAACCAAUAGCCCAGGUGCGUCAGAGCAGCCAAUCGCCAACGACAAAGGCUGCGAGAAAGGUUGGUCCAGCAACAAAAUCUCACCGGAUCCGAGAUAUCAAGCAACUCCUGUUGUUGUAUCGUCCAGUAAGCGGCGAUGUUUUUGUCGGGGAAAUACAAAACUUUUGUUUACGGCUUGGCACUAGCCUCUCUUUACUCAAUUUAUUCGCGAAUGUAGCUUCAAAGAACGCAAAAUUUGAAGGU